AUCGUCCAUUGUCAUUUUGAAGCGACUGCUACAAAAGCAGGAGAGCAAGAGUACGUCAUGGAACCUCAAGAACGACCGCUGAGGCGACGUUUGAACGGGGACAACGACGAUCACCGCGAACGCAUUCCUCGCGACGCACGGAUCGUAGCCGUUGUUCCAGAAACGCACCGAUUGCAAGAUUGGGACCAAUGGUUGCGGAACAACGCGCUGAUCUCUUCUCACGACGCCGACGCAUCGUCGACACGGAUCAAUUCCCUAGAGCUGGCGCGUUUUUCAGCCUUGACGCGCUACCAAGAAGCGGUACACGACGAGAUUUUUGCGGCAGACGAACACCAAGAAACACUCCAGCGCAACGAGCGACAAGGUGUGAUCGACUCGUACGCAAGUUUGUUGAUUGAUUUGACCGCGUCGGACGGGAUUGUUCGGGAUGUCUCGUUGCAAGUGUUGGCGUCGUCGUGUGACGCUAUUUUUGCCUGGGCAUCGUCAUGGAAGCGUUUCCACACCACCGCUACACCACACACCGACGACCGUCGCUCGUUUCCCCUGGAGCGAUUCACGUACUCGUCGGUGUUGGCCUUUGUCCACGUAGUUCAAGGCGACCAGCAGGUGGACAACCUUACGGGUGACGUGAUUGUUGAUUGUUGCCAAAUUGCUCAUUUCUUGCAAAAUUCGACCGUAUUGGACGCGACGACUGCGAUUCUGGAGGAGUCCAUUGACACAGAAAACUGUUACUCCAUUUGCCAACUAGCCGAUCAGUUGCAGCUAUCGCAACUUUUUGAAAAAUCAUUGGCCCACAUGAUGCAGACGUUAGGCGAUAUCCAGGGCAACCAGGAGGCUUGGGACGAUUUGACACCCGAACUUCGGGAUCGCAUUGUGGCCAUCCAAGCCGCCAUCCAGUCCUCGGUCCAUUCAAAUAGUCGUCUCUUUUUUUCGUCGUUGGACGAAUAUCUGGCCAUGUUUGCCGAACGGGUCCAGUAUUGCCGGGAACGUCUGGACCAAGCCAAGGAAGAGAAUUCGCACGUGACGCCCGGUUCGCACUAUCACCGAGACGUAUCCCGCAAAAUUGCACAUCAAGAGCAACGCGUACGCACUCUCCAACUGGCCUUACGGGAACAAAAGAAACUGUUCACUUCUCAAAAGGUAGUAUCACGGUGA